AUGGAAUCAGCCGCGCUGUCGCAAAUUGGGCUAGCUGGCCUGGCCGUCAUGGGACAAAACCUAGCUCUGAACAUCGCCGAGAAGGGUUUCCCUAUCUCCGUCUACAACAGGACAACCUCCAAAGUCGACGAGACCCUAGAUCGAGCCCACCGUGAAGGUAAUCUCCCUCUCUUCGGCCAAUACAACCCAAGAGAUUUUGUGCUCUCUAUACAAAAACCCAGGUCGGUAAUAAUCUUAGUUAAAGCCGGCGCACCCGUUGACCAGACUAUUGCGGCUCUGGCAGCACAUAUGGAGCCUGGGGAUACGAUUAUUGAUGGAGGGAAUGAGUGGUAUGAAAACACUGAGAGGCGUAUAUCGGAGGCGUCGAAUAAAGGGCUACUUUAUCUGGGUAUGGGGGUCUCGGGAGGUGAGGAUGGGGCACGUAAUGGGCCAUCGUUGAUGCCUGGAGGAUCGCGCGACGCUUAUUUGAAUAUUCAUAAUAUAUUGGAGAAGGUCGCGGCACAGGUGGAUGAUGGGCCUUGUGUUACUUAUAUUGGAGAAGGGGGGUCAGGAAAUUUUGUGAAAAUGGUACAUAAUGGGAUUGAGUAUGGUGAUAUGCAGUUGAUUUCGGAGGCGUAUGAUGUUUUGAAGAAUGUUGGAGGGUUGGGGAAUGAUGAAUUGGCAGGAAUUUUUGAGGAGUGGAAUAAGGGGGAAUUGGAGAGUUUCUUGAUUGAGAUUACUUCUGAUAUUUUCAGAGUGAAGGAUAAGGAGACCGGGAAUGGGGGGUUGGUGGAUAAGAUUUUGGACAAAACCGGGAUGAAAGGCACUGGGAAAUGGACGGUUCAGCAGGCUGCUGAGCUGUCAAUUGCUGCGCCAACUAUUGCAGCUUCAUUAGAUAGUAGGUAUAUGAGUGGGUUGAAGGAGGAGAGAGAGGCGGCCUCAGAGAUUUUUAGGAAGGAAGGGUUGAAGGAGGAUAUUAAUAAUGUGGGCGUGGUGGAUAAGAAAAGGUUGAUAGAUGAUGUAAGGCAGGCAUUGUACGCGUCGAAGAUUUGUAGUUACGCGCAAGGGAUGAACUUGUUGAGGGCAAAAAGUAUGGAAAAGGGGUGGAAUUUGAAUUUAGGGGAGCUGGCGAGGAUUUGGAAAGGUGGGUGCAUUAUUAGGGCGGUGUUCUUGGAUAGGAUUAAGCAGGCCUAUCAAAGGAACCAGGGACUAGCUAAUUUAUUGGUGGACCCGGAAUUUGCUCGGGAGAUGGUUCAAAGGCAAGCAGCAUGGAGAAGAGUUGUAGGUUUGGCAAUUCAAAAGGGAAUAAGUGUGCCCGGGAUGUCUGCAAGUUUGCAAUAUUUCGAUACCUAUAGACGUGGGAGGCUUCCUGCAAAUCUUGUUCAGGCUCAGAGGGACUACUUUGGGGCACAUACUUACGAGAGGAUUGAUCGUCCGGGAUCAUUUCAUACUGAGUGGUCGAAACUCGCGCGAAAGGCCAGAGUUUAA